AUGGUGGAGGAGUUUAUGGUGGAGGAGUUUAUGGUGGAGGAGUGUAUGGUGGAGGAGUUUAUGGUGGAGGAGUGUAUGGUGGAGGAGUUUAUGGUGGAGGAGUGUAUGGUGGAGGAGUUUAUGGUGGAGGAGUGUAUGGUGGAGGAGUGUAUGGUGGAGGAGUGUAUGGUGGAGGAGUGUAUGGUGGAGGGGUGUAUGGUGGAGGAGUGUAUGGUGGAGGAGUGUAUGGUGGAGGAGUGUAUGGUGGAGGAGUGUAUGGUGGAGGAGUGUAUGGUGGAGGAGUGUAUGGUGGAGGAGUGUAUGGUGGAGGAGUGUAUGGUGGAGGAGUGUAUGGUGGAGGAGUGUAUGGUGGAGGAGUGUAUGGUGGAGGAGUUUAUGGUGGAGGAGUUUAUGGUGGAGGAGUUUAUGGUGGAGGAGUUUAUGGUGGAGGGGUGUAGGGUGGAGGAGUUUAUGGUGGAGGAGUUUAUGGUGGAGGAGUUUAUGGUGGAGGAGUGUAUGGUGGAGGAGUGUAUGGUGGAGGAGUUUAUGGUGCAGGAGUUUAUGGUGGAGGAGUUUAUGGUGGAGGAGUUAAUGGUGGAGGAGUUUAUGGUGGAGGAGUUUAUGGUGGAGGAGUGUAUGGUGGAGGAGUGUAUGGUGGAGGAGUGUAUGCUGUCGGAGUGUAUGGUGGAGGAGUGUAUGGUGGAGGAGGGUAUGGUGGAGGAGGGUAUGGUGGAGGAGUGUAUGGUGGAGGAGUGUAUGGUGGAGGAGUGUAUGGUGGGUAGGAGUGUAUGGUGGAGGAGUGUAUGGUGGAGGAGGGUAUGGUGGAGGAGGGUAUGGUGGAGGAGUGUAUGGUGGAGGAGUGUAUGGUGGAGGAGUUUAUGGUGGAGGAGGGUAUGGUGGAGGAGUGUU